AUGGCGAAUAUGGCAAUGACUAUGACCGAUUUACAAAGCCUCGGCCGAACUGAAGAUAAGGUAUUAUUAGAACGUACGAAAGCACGUGAUAUAGAAUGCGGUGAAGUUUCGGGUGCUCUCUAUUGGUCAUGUGAUGAAGUUGCCGAUUUUAUUCAAAUGCUUGGCUUCCCACGAUAUCGAGAAUGCUUCCUUCGAAAUAAAGUCGAUGGACGUCGAUUAAUAUGGUGUGAUGCAUCACAUUUACCUUCGCUUGGCAUUACAGAUUUCAAACAUAUUAUGUCGAUUGCAAAGAGUAUCCGAGAAAUAUUACAAAUAGAAAAACCUUAUUGGAAUCGAAGCAUCACAUUGCCAUAUGCAGAACCAGUCGGUCGAUAUCUUGAACAACGUAGUGUUGUGGGUCGUAGAUCAGAUGAAUUAGAUUAUGUUUCAUAUACUAACGAUACUCGAGACAGUAAAUUUCAACCGAUAUUAACUAAUCAAGGCGUGAUAACAUGGUACUAA